GGAAGUUUCCUCCACACAAAAAUAUCCUCAAACAAAGAGCUUCUACAAAUCUAUUUUAAAACCUCCCCAAAUUCAAGGAUCUCCAGCCAAUCAAAUUAGCAUUUUGCAUCUUUUACAACCCACCCACUUGCAUUGCAUUUCUCCAAUGAACACCUUUUGUGCUUUCAUAGACAAAGGGAGGAAAUACUAACACAAAAAUACACACUCAAACACCAUCUUCAUCUACAUUUCCUCAAAAUAUUUCUACCCAUCUCUGUCUUUGAUGUGCAUUUUAACAUUCUUCUCUAAAUUUUGAAACUUUUUUUUUGAGUAAACCUAUGAACCCAAAAGAGAGGCAGCACCUUCAACCCAUUCCUCCAAGAAACUAGAAGAUUCCCAUUUUCCACAUACAAAUAUUUCUUUUUCUCUUUUGUUUUUAAAAAGAAAAAAAACAACAACUCACCAAACCACCCUUUUAUUUUGUUCCUGUUUUCUCCAUAACUUUCCCAUCUCUGAAAUAAACACAGCCAAGCCAUACCAUUUCAUCAUCACCGUUAUAACACUACCAGAAAACCCUAGAAACCCAACAAUUUUGGGAACCUCAAACCCAAUCCCAGAAACCAAAAUCGACCUCGCAAUUCGUCGAACCGGAGGACGAGAAAUCGUGGGCACCCUUCAAAAUCCUAGAUUUCCCCUAUCGAAAGUCCCAACUGAAGCAAAUGUCACACAUAGACAGUGCCCCUUCGACUCCAGGGAAGUUCAAGAUGGAGAAAAGCACGUACUUUAAUCGCGUGCGGUGGCACACCUCGCUGGCGAAGCUCGCCAUGUGGUCCUUCGUGUUUUUGGGCGCGAUCUUGAUCUUCUUUUUCCGGUCGCCGUCGUCAACGCCGGUGCCGGCGGACCUCUCACGGAGGUCACUGAGGACCUACAACUGGGGCGGACCCGUCUGGGAGAAACGGGUCCGAGCCUCUGCCCGGGUCCGGUCCCGAAAUGGGUUUGCCGUUUUGGUCACUGGAGCCGCCGGCUUUGUCGGCACCCAUGUUUCUGCGGCUCUGAAACGCCGCGGUGAUGGGGUUCUGGGAAUUGACAAUUUCAAUGACUAUUACGACCCUUCACUGAAACGUGCACGCCAGUUGCUUUUGGAGCGCACUGGAGUGUACAUAGUUGAGGGUGAUAUCAAUGAUGAAGCACUCUUGAGGAAGCUUUUUGAGGUUGUUCCUUUCACUCACGUUAUGCACUUGGCUGCUCAGGCUGGUGUGAGGUAUGCCAUGGAGAAUCCUGGCUCUUAUGUGCAUAGCAACAUUGCUGGUUUUGUGAAUUUGCUUGAGGUUUGUAAGAGUGUGAAUCCGCAACCUGCUAUUGUUUGGGCAUCUAGUAGCUCAGUUUAUGGACUCAACACUAAGGUUCCAUUCUCUGAGAGGGAUAGGACUGAUCAGCCUGCUAGUUUGUAUGCUGCCACUAAGAAGGCUGGUGAGGAGAUUGCUCACACCUAUAACCAUAUCUAUGGUCUUUCAUUGACUGGCUUGAGGUUCUUCACUGUUUAUGGCCCUUGGGGUAGGCCUGAUAUGGCUUACUUCUUCUUCACAAGGGAUAUUCUCAAGGGGAAGGUGAUACCUAUAUUUGAGGCUGCCAAUCAUGGCACCGUUGCGAGGGAUUUUACUUACAUUGAUGAUAUUGUGAGGGGUUGUUUAGGGGCUCUGGAUACGGCAGAAAAAAGUACAGGGAGUGGGGGAAAGAAGAGGGGGCCUGCACAGUUGAGGGUGUUCAAUUUGGGGAAUACUUCACCGGUGCCGGUUAGUGAUCUUGUGGGCAUUUUGGAGAGGCUUCUGAAGGUUAAGGCAAAGAGGAAUAUAAUGAGGUUGCCACGGAAUGGUGAUGUUCAGUUUACACAUGCCAACAUUAGCUACGCGCAGAGGGAGCUUGGUUAUAAGCCCACCACAGAUCUGCAUAGUGGUUUGAAGAAAUUUGUGCGGUGGUACUUGAAUUACUAUUCUGAUGGGAAGAAAGCUGAUGAGUGACUGAUUCUUUUAACCAUGUGAUAAUGCCUUUGAAUUCUUGUUCGUUAUGAUUCUUGUGAUUGUUCCUUAGCGUUUUUCUUUCGUUGUGCGAUCACCGUGUUUCAUGAGUCAAGGAUGAUGCCAUAUUAGAAGGAAGUAGGAACCUUGUUUCCUGCCUGCAUUGAGGAAGUUUUGUUGUUGGUGGAGAUUAAUGCCAAGAAAACCAGAUACAUCAUAUUCUCUUUUAUUCUUUUUUUCCUGAAUGUAAUUGUUGUAGUUUUAGAAAUGUAGCAUUCAUGACUGAUAGAGCAUAUGCUGAUUGGUGGCAGUGUAUAAUAAUUGUUAAGAAAAUUUAGUAAAAUCACACGAUAGUUUGAAUUCCAGUUUUCUGACUGAAUGAGUCAAUAAGACAUGUAUUUUAUUUGCUUAUGUAAUUUUUCAGCUAUAAAUGGACUCCUGUUUAAUAA